UAAAAUAGUAACCUUAAUUUUAAACAUUUAUUGACAUGAAUCUUGGACUAUUUGUUUUAAACUUGACUUUAAUUUAUGACAAUAUCACCUCUGUAGAAUGUAAAAUUCAAGAAACGUCAUACUUAAAUUAUAUAAUUGAAAUAGGGAAUCAUCUGUGUAUUCAAAAUGGAUGGAAAUCUAUGAGAAACUUACACAUGAAACUUGAUUCCAUUGGAUUUUUAAGUGUUCCAGAUUUAAUUGAGAAAAAACUCAACACAGAUAAUUUGCUAAGUGUUUUCUAUAACAUUGUUUAUAUUUUAAACUACAGGUAUAGCGAAGUAAUUUCAACAUUUGUAGAAUUAUUAAAUAUUGUUGUUGAUAUAUGUGAACACUUUUUAGACGCUCAAUUAUUCGAAAUUUUUAUAAAUUGUACAAUAUCCCUUGUAGAAGUAAUAAACAAUUCAUUGACAAUGUUUGAGAAUUUAUACAAUGCUAUGACAUUUAUAAGUUAUAUUGAUUUUAAACUUGUCUAUCCCGAGUUAGAAACUAACCCGUACACAAUAGUUGAUUACAUUUAUGAGAUAAAAAACCAUAUAUAUUUUAAAAAAAUUCUGUACGAAUUUCUUUUUGUUAAUCUUCAAGUAUUUAUCGAAACUAAAGAAUUCAUUAGUGAUAUAUCUAAAAUUGCAAAUAACUGUUACGAAAAAAAUAAAUCUAUUAUAAAUACUGAUGAGAAAAUUGAUCUCAAAACUAAAUGUGAAACAGAAUAUUUGACACACAACAGUGAUUUUCCGGAGUUUAUACAAUUCAUGUGUCAUAAGAUGAAUAUAUUUUACACUGAAAUGAUUAAAAUUAAUUACGAGGAUCUUGGAUUUAUUCAGUUGAUAAAUCCAACAAAUCAUAAGUUUAAACCUCCGAUUGACGAAUCUAUUAAUCAAGAACUUGGAAUCAUGACACUCAAUACUUUAUUUAGUGAAGGUAAUUGGGAUUCAUUUGGCCAAAUAAAAAUUCUAUUUGAUAAUUUAAUAGUAAGUGCCACAAGUGUGAUAAGAGACCUGGUGACAGAUCAUAAUUUUCAUCAUAAAAAAUUUUACUUCACACAAAUGUUGAGGUGUAGACUUAUUGAUGUACUUUUAACGUACAAUACGUCAUUAACUGCUUUAAGUGGAAUGUGUAGAAGUCAUAAAGACUUAAACGAGUAUGUGAAAUGUACAAUAUAUCUUUUUGACACAAUUAAUAAUACAGUAAAAAUGUUUGAUUAUAUGCUGACUAUUAUGGAAAAAAUAAAAUUAUCAACAUUAUGGCUACCCGAAAAAUUAUUUCCUAACUUACAUUCAAUUUUUAACUUAAUAUAUUAUUAUGUAAUUGAACUUAAAUCUAAUGAUGUAAUACGAAAUAUGUUUAUAAACAAACCUGAAGUAAAUAUUAAAAAUUUAGCUAGUGAUUAUAUGAAGAGCUUUCGUAAAGCAAGAUCUAGGUUUUACAGUAUAGUACGUAGUUUAAAAAUUCAAAAAAAAAAAAACUGUUAUUCAGAAGGUUUAUUAGUUACUAAGGAACAUCUGGACGCUAAAUUUUCUAACGCUGAACUUAUUAUUAAUACAACAAUGGCAACUGACUCAAUUGUCACCAAAUAUGAAUUACUUUCGAAAUAUUUAUAUGACUUUUGUGAAAACUAUGUUAAAACUGAUUACGUAGAUACAGGUUUUCAUAAAAUACAUCAACAUUAUUUUUGGCAAUGGUCAUAGUCCGUUUUUAUUCAUUGAAGUGAAUUAUAUAAUUUAAGUAGUUGUUUCAAUGUAUGAGUAAGAUCUCUUCUAUUAAAAUAAGCAUUAUAUAAUAUUAAGUAAUCAUUUCAGGAAGCACAAAACCAAUAAUUGAAUUUACUUUUUGACCAUUAAACAUUAUAUAUAUAAUAUAUACAUUAUGCAUAAAAUACAUUAAUUAUUAUAACUGCCUUAAAAGUUUUUAAUACUAAAAUAUGUUUCGUUAAGUACAUAGCUAAUUUUGGAAUACAUUUUAUUAUUUGUAUAUUAUGUCAAAAUAACCUAACGUAAAUUCAUCAAAAUCAUUUAACACACAAAAGAAAAAUCAUUAUUGAAAUCAAAAAUAUAAUUUUUUUACUCCUUAACAAAAUAUCUUUGAUUGGUUUAAAAAAAAUCCAGCACAGUGGAGUCGCGGCAUAGUGGGGACGUUGCAUAGUUGGGUCCAGUAUAGAUUUAAUCUGACAGUGAUUAAAAUCACUAUCAUAAAAAACGCUUCGAUGCAAAUCAGUAGAUAGUGUUUAAUUCUAAGAAAUAGGUGGAUAAUUACAAAAGCUGCAUGAUCUGCUAGUUCCUUAUUAAUACCCUGAUUAAGAUAAAGAAUGUCGAAUGAAAAAGGGAUUAUUAAAAAAUAUUAUUUCUCAUAAAAAAAUUGUGUUGAUUCAUACAUUUUUCAAUGAGUUAUAGCAUUAUAAUGUUAAAAAUGUAACCUACCCAACCCAACAUCAACUCCUAUUUCCUUAAUUAUAUC